AUGAAUGGUCUUUACAUCCUUAUUCCUGACACGUCUCAUAUGCUCGCUGCUGAGCAUCCCCCACGCGAUAUAAGUACUCCCGCGCUUUCGGACGACACUGGUAGCUCCUCUUCACGCGAAAGCUCUCGACCCGCUACACCCACUUCUGGAGUCAGUCGUGCACCAUCUAUAUCUUUUGAUGACUAUUCUAAGCAUACACACGCUGGCGAAGUUACGGACAUCAAGAUUGUCGAAGCAGACGCGAACUCCCCGCUACCAGAAGACAUCACCCAUCCGCUGAAACGGAGACGGUUGACGGACACAAGGGCUGAUGAAGUCCGCGCAGAGAGAGCGCUGCUGCCUAAUGUCUGGAGCGACCCAACUAGGGCAGAUGACGGCGCGCUCUUCGGUCUUGGCCAUACACCCAUCAGCGACUGCACGAGUGUCGGGGACGUCGAGCCCGAUGCAGUGGACCCGUCAUUAGAAUACGUCUCCCGUCCAUUGAAACGGAAGCGAAGCGCGGACACAAGCACCUAUGACAUUCGCGCAAAGAGGGUGCGGACGUCUGGCACUUCGAACGACGCAACCAAGGCCGAGGACCGCGCUUGUUUCGGUCUUGGGCAUAUACCCAUCCACGACUACACGAAGAUCAGGGUCGUCGAACCGGACGCGGAUCCCCCGGUCGCCGCCGGUAUUGACAUACACGUUCCACUUGACGCUAUCGCUCGCCCCCCGAAGCGAAAACGGUGUGCUAACACGACGGCCGAUGAGGUCCGUGUCAAGAGAAGGCGGUUGUCUGAUAGUCCGAGCGACGCGUCAAAGCUUAAAGACGGUAUUCCUUUCGGACCUCACCCUAGGUGCAUGAUCACGGGCUGCGUGUCCGCUGAGGUGGAAGCGUGCUAUAUCCUGCCUCCCGACACGCCCCAACCGUUGGGUGACCGCACAAUGCCCCGUGUGCCUACUGAAUCUAAUGCCGUUCAUUGUAGCACUUCUGAAAACAUCAUAUUCCUUCGACGCGACCUCCGUAUAGUAUGGGAGACGAACCACCUAUUGAUGAUACCCCAUCCUGAUCAUAUAGACCACCCUGAUACCCGCCCUGUAUGUAUGUUCUACACAUACCACGUCAUCGCAGAGGAUGAGCAGCCUUCAAACUCGGGCACCCCCCAGGAUCAUACCAUUAUACCUCUAGCUACGACCGCUGAUUGCUCGUAUCGCUCGCUGGGGUGGCACGAGCUGAGUGCUAAUCUGCAUCUGAUGACAAUUCGAGUGGGUCGUGUAUUCAUCAAGCGACCGCUCCACUACGAGCAUGCUUUAUCUAAUAACCUUCUUGUGCAUAUACCCACUAUCGCCCUUGUCCACCCAGAUGCACUCGAGCCGGUCUCCCCCCACAUUGAAGGAGAAUCGCCAGUCGAAGGCAUCCCCCGUCUGCCGAAGCGAAAACGGAGCCCGGAGACAGAUAUCGAUGAGGUCCCUGUCAAGAGGAUGCGCACGUCCGUCACUGGAUGCAACGCGUCCAACAUCAAGGACGCCGUUCGUUUUGGACCCCACCCGCGGUGCAUGAUCACCGGCUGCGUAUCUGCUGAUGUAGAGGGGUGCUAUAUCUGGCCUCUAGACAUGCCUCAGCGAUUGGCGUACAAGUAUUGCGUCAUCGCAGAGGACGAGCACCCUCCAGACUCAUGUGCGACCAUGGGUAACCCCAUCACGCCUGCCGUCAUGGCGGCCCCUUGCUCAUAUCGGUCGCUCGGGUGGCAUAAAUUCAAAGCCGACCUCCGUCUGAUGGUAUUUCGAGCGGGACAGAAAUUGAGCAAGCGACCAUUCCACUACCAGCGUAUCUUGCGGCAGCUGCUGCCCCACAAGGAGAUUAAUCAUACACACACCAUAGUCUCCCGGUAUUCGUCAUGGACGGUCCCCCUGAAUUUGGAGAGAGUACGCGGCAGGCGGUUGUGGGCCACAGGAGAGCUCACACCCUUCCCUGAUGGAUAUUUCCGCAGCCCCAGGAAGCAAUAUUGCCCUCCCCUGUCGGAUGAUGACACUGCCCGCUUGCCUUGCCCACUUCGGCCAAUUGUCUCAGGGAUAAAGAGGAAGCGUUCUGGUGACGCCAGGGCGGACAGUGAGGUCUACACCACGGAAGAAAAUGUUCAACAGAAAGUCAGCAUUUGUCUGUGGCGUCGGUAUUGCGAUCAAGCUCGAGACGAGUGGACGAUGGGACCGCCCGCGGAACCUGAGGACGCAGAUUUGCUCGCUUAUCGACAGGAGGAAGCUGGAGAUAUGCUGCCUGCUGCGCAACGACCUUGGUUUGCGGAAUGGCAUUCUUCAAAUCGGGCUAUCGGCUGUAUCUCAGAGUUUCCUUCCGGCCGCUGCGGUAACUAUAUGCGUGGUCCUUGCGAGACGCCAAACAGCGUCUACCAGCCGCCGCAUGAUGACAUCCUCCGAACGUGUGAGACAAUAUACCGACCCUACGUAGACCAGCCCUUGGGCAUCGGCUCUUCGUAUGGAUGCCGCAAAGAUCAGGCGACCACCACUGAGUGCGGGGAUUUCAGUCGAACCUGUAGUUCAUCCUCACCGCUGGCGUGGAAACUACUCUAUACGAAGGCAAUGCUACUACAGACCGCUGAUGCUGUUUGUAAGACUAUCUCCUUCAUUUUGGCGUCCUCUCAAUCACAGGUAGACCCUCUUUGGACACAGUCCAGGGAUGAAUGGUUCCAGACACCAUCAGUGAUUGGUCUGUCGACGAACGGCGCGCCCGUGUACACAAGUAUUCUGGCACUGUCGCGAAGAGACAUAGGACCUCCGCAAGGUCGAGGAAACCCACACGUCUCUGCAUGA